AUGUGGAGAUCAGACGGUGGAGAAGCAGCUGAUUCUUACUAUGAAAUCCGGCCUGAGUGUAUCGAUGACGUCCCCAAGACACGAUUUAAGAUCAAGGCUGGAAAAACGCUAAGUGUCAGAAAAUGGCAGGCCGCAUUUAAUCCAGAUGGAUAUCUCGAUAUAGGCAAGACACUGGGGCGAAUCCAACGUGGGGGAAUACAUCCAUCAAUCAGAGGAGAAGUUUGGGAAUUCCUACUUGGCUGCUAUGACCCAAAUAGUUCAACAGAAGAAAGAAAUCAGAUAAGACAGCGCCGAAGGGUUCAAUACAAUACGUGGAAGGAAGUAUGCCACCAAUUGUUUCCUCUGAUAGGAAGUGGUAAAUUCAUCACAGCACCCGUAAUAACUGAAGAGGGCCAACCCAUUCAAGAUCCAUUAGUGCUCUUAGAAACAAACCCAGGAAAUGGCGCAGUUUUGCCUCCUCCUGAUAAUGCAGCUUCUGCUGCAAGUUCAGAAGCCGCAAAUAACUUAGAAAUGGUCACCGACAAGAGAAUUAUUCAGUGGAUGUUAACUCUCCAUCAAAUAGGACUCGACGUGCUUCGCACUGAUAGGACUUUGGUAUUUUAUGAGAAGCAAGAAAACUUGGCAAAAUUAUGGGAUAUUCUGGCCGUUUAUGCUUGGGUCGAUACAGAUGUUGGUUACUGUCAAGGAAUGAGUGAUCUAUGCUCCCCCAUGAUAAUGCUGUUGGAAGAUGAAGGUGAUGCGUUUUGGUGCUUUGAACGUCUCAUGCGCAGAUUGCGAGGGAAUUUCAGAUGUACUGAUAGCUCCGUGGGUGUGGAGUCACAACUCAGUACUUUGGCUUCAAUUACUCAAGUCCUUGAUCCAAAACUCCAUGAACAUUUGGAGCAUCUAGGUGGAGGUGAUUAUCUGUUUGCUUUCCGAAUGCUUAUGGUUUUGUUUCGUCGAGAGUUCUCUUUUUGUGAUUCUCUCUACCUUUGGGAGAUGAUGUGGGCUUUAGAGUAUGAUCCAGACUUGUUCAUGAUGUACGAAGAGCCAGAUUCAGAUAGUGAGAAGCCUGAGGAAUUGAAGAGGAAAGCAAAGUCCAAGAGCCAGUGUGGGAAAUACGAGAGAGAGAAACUGAAGAAUCACUCGGAAGCUCCUCUUCCCAUCUCUGUCUUCCUCGUUGCCAGUGUCUUGAAAGAUAAGAGCGCUAAACUCCUUACUGAGGCUCGAGGCCUUGACGACGUCGUCAAGAUAUUGAAUGACAUGACUGGCAAUCUAGAUGCAAAGAAGGCUUGCACAGGAGCCAUGAAACUCCACAAAAAAUAUUUGAAAAAGGUUGUAUAUUCUCUAUCACUUGUGCCAAAGAAGAGUAGUAGUACGGAGCAUAGUUCUUGA